AGUGAGAGAGAGCGCGUGAGUGAGCGAGCGAGCGAGUGAGUGAGUGUGCGCGCGCGCGUGUCUGCUGCUCUGCUGUUGCUGCCCUUUGAUCCCUGCAUUAGUGUUAGUUAGGGGCUCGGAGACACACUUGCAAACCGAGAGCGGCCAUACAGUCAAGACACGGCAACAACAACAGCGGCACCUCCUCCGCCCCGUGUGUUCCCGGCCAUUCUGCCCCCCGCUCCCUCUUCCUAACAAUACACUUUAAAACCGAGCAAAGCCAGGUGCAACGACCGAGUCCCUGCCAUCACUGGCGCCUCCGGUCUCAAUGGGAAACAACCUUCUUUCUUCUUACCCCCAAACAAGGACGAGAAUGUGAUUAAAAACGGGGGGAAAAUGCCAAGGAGGAAGCAGGAGCAGCCCAAGCGCCUGCCUUCACAUUUGGACGCCAACGAGGAAGAGGGGCCUGAUGGCGAAGCUGUGGAGGAGGAAGGCUGGUAUGGGAAUGCUUCUGACACUCGCUCAGACUCGUCGUCUUUCGGAGACACCCAGGAUGAGCUCCUCCUGCACAGAGGCUCCUCGCCUGACGAACAACCCGGAGCCGGCGUCGGCUCGGGGGAACACGAUACCUGUGGGGGUGGCAGCUCGUUGGGCUGCCCAACACCCGUCCAUCGUGCCUCUUUGGAACUUCUUGGUCUGGAUAGAGGUUCAUUCUCGGCCCAGGACACGCUCUCGUCUGUGGUGUCGUCACUGUACGGCGAGGCAGCAUCUCGAGCCCUGGGAAAACCACUCAGCAGCAACCUCCGGCGUCUCCUAGAGGCUGGGUCACUCAAACUUGACACUGGGGAUGUUUUGGGUCACUUAUCCAGGGGAAGUGCUGGGGGAGAAUCACCUCCAAUUGGUCUCGCUCCACCUCUGACUCUCUCCCCAUCGUCCCACCAUGCCCAACAGUUAAGUGCUCUUGCCCGAAAACUGGCUAACAACAACAGUGGCUCUGCCUCACCAGUCUCCUUGGCACCCUCAGUCACCAACAUUAAGCAAGAGCCCCUCGAUCCUUUUAAUUCUGUCACCCCUACCAAUGGCAGCAGCUUUGUGUGGGCAGGCGUGGCAGAUAAGUGGCCACCAGCCUCCUGCUCCACGCCCUGUGGCUCCAGCCUGUCCCCGGACUCUGCGAUCCAGAAGUUGAAAGCGGCAGCCAACGCUGUGCUCCAAGACAAGAAUGCUGUUGCUUCCUCUUCAACGACAUCCUCCUCCUCGUCCACUUCUGCCUCCUCCGCAGUGCCCACCUUGGGUGGGGGCGUUCGAGGAGACGAUGUCGUGCGCUUUGAUGCCUUCAACUCUCCGUUCAGUCCACAGUCCGCUAGCUCUACCCUCGCUGCACUUUCCAAGAAAGUUAGCGAGAGGAGCCAAGCUUCGUCAACAACCAGCGCCGCUUCGGACCACCAAGCCUCAGCGAGCUCCUUUCUCUCUCUCGUGUCAAUGACCUCUUCUGCUGCCUUGCUCAAGGAGGUGGCUGCCAGAGCGGCAGGAAACCUGCUGGCAGAGAAAAAGGAAGGUUCCCCUUUGGCUUCUGCAGGGGUCCUCCAAGAGGAUGUGAAGCCCCUGUUGGAUAAGAACCAGAAGGCCCCCACACCCUCCACACCAUCGCAGAACUUGGAAUUGUUGUUGCCAUCUCCUCCAAAGGGCAGAGGCAAACCAAACAACCAAGCAGGUUCUCCUGAGGAUGGUGGCAAACCAUUCCAGUGUCCUGUGUGCGGACUGGUCAUCAAACGCAAGAGCUACUGGAAGAGACACAUGGUCAUUCACACAGGCUUAAAAAGUCAUCAGUGUCCACUGUGUCCCUUCCGCUGUGCUCGCAAAGACAAUCUCAAGUCUCACAUGAAGGUACAUCAGCACCAAGAUCGGGGUGAGACAUUUCAGUGCGAACUUUGUCCCUUCACCUCCUCCCGACACUUCAGCCUGAAGCUUCACAUGCGGUGCCACCAGCACUUCCCUCGCACAGACGUCAAGGUGAAAGAGGAACUCACCACGGACACAGAAGGCGAGGGCUCCCUGUUGGGCGACAGCGGUACCACAGACCUAAGAGCGGCAGAGGUGUCUCCGUUGCACGCGGAAGCCCAGCAGCAGACGUCCCCGCCGGUCGAAGCUUCCUCCAAUCACGUCCACAUCAAGGAGGAGCCGCAGGAAAGAGACCUGUCCCUGCUCUCCCCUUUCAGCAUCUGCAGGGACCGUCCCAGCAGCAGUGCCAACUCCCUGGACUUAUCUGGACUACCGGGAGUUGGGGUGAGGUCAAGUCCUAGUGGUGCAACCACAGCCUCCCUCUUCAGCCCUGACAUCACCACCAAAAUGGCCACUGACCUGCUUAUGAAGCUUUCAGCAGCCAACCAGAGGGAAACACUCAAGUCUCCAUUUCACCUGAAGGAAGAGCCCAAAGUGGAGGAGGCACUGAGCCCCAGACCAUCCUCGCAGUCACAGAGCCAGGUCCAGCCAAGCUUUACAGCCACGUUCUGCCAGGAUGGGCCAGCAGGGGCUGCAGUGGCCUUAGAGCACCCAGGGUCACUGAAACCAAGGGAAGGAAGCCCCAUGGCUAAGAACAGCUUGCUCAGCCAGGAUAUUAACGUAAAGGUGGCCUCUGAGCUGCUCAUCAAGCUGUCAGAGAGCAACAAAGAUGCCCAGUACCAUAAGGUGAAAGUAAAGGCAGAGCCCAUGGAGGUGGACCCACCCCCAGCAGAACUCACACCGCCUGCCUCCCACCGGCUGAACUUCAGCACUUUAGGGGCGAGUGAGAAGAGCGAGCCAAUAAGUAACCUCUCCGAGACGUUGGCCUGCCCCCAGAAAGAUCUCUUCUCCCAAGACAUAUCGGUCAAAAUGGCAUCUGAACUGCUGUUCAAAUUGUCAGAAAAAGUAAGCAAAGCCAACAACCACAAAGACAGUAACAUGGUGGGAAUAAAUAGUUCGUUCCUGGACGAAUGCUUCAGACAAUCACCCUUUAACUCACGCUCCAAGAGCUCUUCCCCUGCAGAGGCCAGUUCUUCUACAAGGGCAGCUUUUCACGACUCAGAGAAGGAUGACGGUGAGCCAGGGAACGGAAUCGCCCAGUGGAGAUUACACGAGCAGCUCUUCCCCUGUCCGGUCUGCGGCAAGGUGUUUGGUCGACAGCAGACCCUUUCCAGACACCUGUCCCUGCACACAGAAGAGAGGAAGUACAAGUGUCACCUGUGUCCUUACGCAGCCAAGUGCAGGGCUAACCUCAAUCAGCACCUGACCAUCCACUCUGUCAAGCUGGUCAACACAGACGCCGAGCAGAUAGUCAGCGCCGUCACGGCCGACUCCGCUGAGCGCAAGAACUGCCCGUACUACUACAGCUGCCAUGUGUGUGGUUUCCAGACGGAGCUGAAUGCCCAGUUUGUCAGCCACAUGUCGCUUCAUGUGGAUAAGGAGCAGUGGAUGUUCUCACUCUGCUGCAGCGUCUGUGACUACGUCUGCAUGGAGGAGAACGACAUGAAGAGCCACAUCCAUGCUGGACACGCAGGUCUGAACUCAAGAAGUCCCCUCAGCGAGACCAAGAGCACCUCAUCGUCUCUCUCGGCCCUCAGCGAUUCGCUCAACAGCUCCGAGGGUGGAGACGUCACCCACGGUAAUGAAGAACUCAAGAACCUGCUAGCCCCGCCCUCCUCCGCAGGCAGCCAGACCAGCUCUGGAAGUCACUCAGGAUCAGGAACUGAGGACAAGUCGGACAAAGAUUUCGAGUGCGUGUUCUGCAACUUUGUGUGCAAGAUGCGCGGCAUGUACGAACGCCACCUCCAGAUCCACCUCAUCACCCGAAUGUUUGAGUGCGACGUUUGCCACAAGUUCCUCAAGACACCCGAGCAGCUGCUGGAGCACAAGAAGUGCCACACCGUCCCCUCCGGAGGGCUCAAGUGCCCUUUCUGCAUCUACUCCACCAACCGUCCGGUGGCCAUGGAGUGCCACCUGAAGACGCACUGCAAGAUGGAGUACCGCUGCCGCAUCUGCCAGGGACUGUGGGCGGACCAGGCCUCGCUGGAGGCGCACAUGCGGGGCCACCGCCUCGGCAACCACUACAAGUGCGAGCAGUGCGGCUACCUGUCCAAGACGGCCAACAAGCUCAUCGAGCACGUGCGCGUGCACACGGGCGAGCGGCCCUUCCACUGCGACCGCUGCGCCUACAGCUGCAAGCGCAAGGACAACCUCAACCUGCACAAGAAGCUGAAGCACGCGCCGCGCCAGACUUUCGGCUGCCAAGAGUGCCCUUUCACCACGACACACCCGUUUGUCUUUAGCCGCCACCUCAAGAAACACCAGAGCGGAGGGGCGGGGCCGCUGGAAGGAGGCCUGGGAGGAGGGGAGGAGAAGGACGAGGAGGAGGCGGGAGGAGAGAAGCCUCCGGAAGGCAUGUCACCGAGGCGUUCGUCGUUGCUGCUGAGGAGCCAGGAGAGCUUCCUCUUCAGCAGAGGAGGCAGCAGUGGAGGGAGCGGGAGCAGCAGCCCCCUCAUGAGCCUAACGGCGUCUCAGGCGCUCCAGUCUGUCGCUUUGUCGCUCACGCUGGGCAAGUCCCGCCUGUCAGACCCCACCAGCCCGCCGCGCGGCGACGCCAUUAAAGGCCGCGGCGCCCUCAGCAGCGCCAGCCCCUCCCUCUUCCCUCCCUCCUCCCGCCACAUGUUGGAGCAGUACAGGGUCUGCGAGCAGGCCCACCUGAUCCCCCUCACCACCCUGUUCACCCACAGCAGCCGCUCCACAUUCCACUCGCACCUCCACUCCAGGCGGCGGCCUCCUCUCAUCGUCUCCUCCAAGCCGGCGUCCCCGUCGCCCGCCUCCCACAAACACUCCUUCCUGGCUUACCUGGGACUGAUGGAGAGGGCCAAAACUGUCUGACCUCCCCCUCCCUGCCCCUCCUGGACAGUGGCGUGGAUGACUCUUGACCGCUGCAGUGGGAGCAACGUCUUUUCCAAUCAGACCAGCAGAAUAAGCUGGACCAGACAGACAUAUUAAAGAAAACAAACAAAAAAAUGUUUAUAAGAGAAAAACGCUGUACAUGCUAAAAUGCAUUUAUAUCAAAAAGCUGCUUUUCUUAUCAGUUCUAUCAAUUGAAUUAUUACUACUACAAGUACUAGACUCUAUUAUCCAUUUUUUAUUUUCUGUUUGUAAGCCUCUGAAUGACCUGGAGCCAGUCGCUUUAUCUUAUGAAACUAACUGAUCUCAGUUUUAUAGAAUUUUUUUUGUUCUUUUUCUUUAGUCUUUUGACAAGAUGAAAUUUUGAAAAAGACAAAACAAACUUUGCAAAUGCUAUAUUUUAGUGCGUUUUUUGUCCUUUGCUAUGAUGCAUUGAAAUAGCAUGACAGUUUCUGUGUUUCAGCCAGCUUUGACGUCAUUAGGAAGCUGAAUUUGGAGAGAUCCUGAAAGUGUUAGCGGUGCAAUGUGGACACAACCAAUGAAGCCGAACGCUUUUCAUCGAAAAAGGUCACGUUUCCAAAGCGAUGCCUCAGACCAUGCACUUAAUUAUUUAUCAAACUUGUACAUAGUUUUGUAGCCCUCCCCUUACUUUCUCUCAUCUUUUUGAUUUAAGUUGUUUGUUUAGUUUUUAUUUGUAUGAUGGUGAAAGCGUGUUUGCGUUGCUGUCGACUGAUCUCAAUUCUGUCUCAGAGUCUAAAGAUAAUUCUGUUGUUUGUUUUUUUAAGAUCAGACAAUAAGCUGUGAUGAUGUAAAUAUGGAAAAUGCCCGAUCUGAACUAUCACACGAGCAAAGAGACAUUUAUUAUCAGAUAAUCUAAAUAGAAAUGCAAAGUCUUGCAGACACAUUUGCACUCACAGAUGAAUAAGCAAUGAAAUCGUACUAACCGGGGCUCCCCAACUACUUUUUUAUUUAUUUAUUUUUAUUUUAUUUUUCCCCCUUUCGCAGCAAACUGGUUUCAUGCUAACAAAUAACUGUACAUUCUACCACAAAAAGCAUUUCCGGACAUCAGUUUGUUUAGGAUGUUUAGCACAGCUUAAAAGCACAUCAAUCCAUACGCACAAUAUUUUAAUCUCAGUCGCUGUGACUUUAUGUAAAUAUCAUAUUUUCCUUGCAGGGCAGGAAACACAACUUGGUGAUUUUUCACAACACGUAUCUAAAACAUAAUUAUCUCUUUAAUGCCACGUUUUGGUUUAUAUUAAACACCUGAUUUAAGUUUAUUGUUCUAAACGUUAAUAUUUUUUGUUUUUCUAACUGAGGGGGACAAUAAGUAGUUCAAAAAUAUAAACAGUAAUGAAUAAAUGAAUUGGAAGUAG